AAGAGCAAAUAGAAAAUUAAAACAAAUCAAAAAGAAUAAAAUUUCAGAAGGAAUUCUAACACUCAACAUUAAUAUAAUUAUUAAAUAUCUCAAAGUAGCGCCUACUUCUCUUUUUUAGUAUUAGAAUCAGUCAAAAUAAAAUAUAGCCAAUUCUUAUACUCGAACGAAAGUGUCCAUUAGCAGCAAUUAGCAAAAUAAAAUAUUUUCAAAGAUUUAGGUUUUCAAAUAUAAAUGAAAAAAAGCACUCUUUCUUAGUCACCAAAUUUAAUUCAUAAAGAAAACGAAUAAACCAAUAAGCCGUAGUUGUCAAACACAAUUAUUAGAGAUUCAUUUGGAUAAGAUUUAGCUUAGCGCAUUAAAAAAGCAAAGGACGAAAUAUUUGUUCAAAGCCAUUAACGCAAGGGGAAGGCUUAAGAAAAAAAGAAUUCUUAAAAUAAUUUUUCUCAACAACAAGAAAACUCAUAUAAAACAAAGAAUGCGGAAUCAAGCAAGAAAAAAGGAGGAAAAAACUCUAAUGUAAAUGGAGUUCCUCCUCAAAUCGAAAGCGAAUAAGAAUUAAUGUAAGACGAGUUAAAUCCUGAAUAAAAAGAGAGUAUUUAAUAUCAAAAAAAUAAUAUGCAUUAAGAGAACGAAGAGCACUCUGAUUUUAACUCGAACUAAAUUGAAUGUAGUGGAUCAGACAGAAACUAAGAUGAAGAUGAUGACCAUUUUAUGAGAGGUUUCAUGCCAUAAAAAAAUCAAGAAUUUGGUCAGUAGUUCACAAUUUUGGGAGGAGCUAUAGAUACUCAAAAGUUCAUUAAUCUAAUAUUUAACAAGAACGAAGGAAAUCAAGAUACAGAUGAACAGUAAUAGCAAAAAAAGUAAAAUGGCAAAAGGAGAAAAUCAAAAAAGGAAAAUGCUUCUGAGAUUAAAUCUAAUGAAAAUCUGAAUUCAUCUUAGAAGAUUAGUAAAUUUAAUGCAGAUGGAAAUACUCAAACAGCUGAGGUGAAGCCUAAAAGAGAGUACAAAAAGAGAAGUAAAAAAGUUGAUACUUCAGAUUAGGAUGCAAUGAAGAAUCAAAAUGUUAAGUCUUAAGGAGACGAUUUAAAAAUGGGAGAUAAUUAAUUAAACACAUAAAGCCUUUAAACUUCUAUUGUAUAAAAUGCACCUUCAUCUAAUUCUAAUGGCACUACUCCUAAAAAUCAUAUUAGUAAAAAUAUUAUAAUACAAAACUACAAAAGUAGUAAUCUGCAAUUCACCUAGCAUGAAGGCAAUUAGAGUGUGACCAAUGAGAAUUAAAAUAACUCAAAUAAUAUGAAUUAACAUACUGUAUCUAAUUGCGCUACCGCUGGUGGUUCAAGUUCUACAAAAAAAGGUUUUAGACAAUAUACAAAAGAAACAAAAUCCAUAUCUAAUUACAACGAAGGCAAUAGUCUUAUCGAUUAAGAAGGACUAAUUAACCUUUUCCUUUAAGUUUAAUAAGGUUUUUAAAGUGAUGAAAAUUAGAAUUAGUAGUCAAAUGAAAUCAAUCAAAAUUUAGGACUUUUAUAAUCAUCUACAAAUCAUGAAAAUCCAAUUACUUCCACUCCAAAUAAUACUAAAUCAACUAAAAGAAAGCAAAAAGAUACCUCAAAAUCAAAGAAUAAUUAAAAUGAAGGAGCAUUAAAUGAUUAAAAUGAGCCAAAACAAAAAUAAAAAGACUUGACAACACCUGCAAAAGGUAACAAUUUUCUGUAUCAAGAACCUUAGUCUAUUAAUGGUAGAAUAAAUAUGGAGAUAGAAAAUUUAGGUAGCGAAAUAUUUGUCAAUUAUUAAAAUGAAAAUUAAGCACUUUAGGGCACAGCUACCACAGCAACUUCAUCAUCUUCUAAAAAAUAAAAAAUACAUAAUAAUAAUGAUCUAAAAGAAAAAUCUGAAGAAAAACCUCGAAAAAAAUUGAAAGUUAGCCAAGAAGAUUUAGGAGAUUCAAGCCUUCAAUAAACACCUUAGUAGAUUAUAUCAAGUUCUGCUAAAAAAACCAGAAAAGAAAAAAAAUAAAAAGAAUAAUAAACUCCAGAAUCUUAAACAUUUAAAAAUUCUCAAAUACUUCAAGUCACUAAAACAGACAAAUCUUUAUUAGUGCAGCUUGCACAAACAUCUGUAGACACCGAAUAAAAUGAAAUAGAAAAAUAAAUUGAAGAAUUCAGUUUUACGAAGGAGGUAAAGAAGAAAUUAAACCCAGAAGAUAAAAAGGCAGAAGAAGAACAACUUAAAAAUUCAAAAGUUUUUAAUAUCCUUUGGGAAAAAUAAUAAAUUUAUAAAAGAAAAUUAGAAUUAUAUCAGUUGUCAAGCUUUGAAAGAUACUAACAACAUAAAAUAUUAGGACAAAAGAAUAUCAAUAAAUCUGAAUAAUUCUACAUUCAUGGUUAAUAAGUUAAAGAUUAAGAUGAUUCUGAAAUAAAAUAUCAAAUCAAAAUUCAAACUGAUUCUUCUGAAAAUCAUCAAUAAAAUAGUAUAUAAAUUGAAAAAUCUGAUGAUAAUCAAUAAAAGCAGCUGAAUAGCGAGAAAAAACAAACUGAAAAUAGUAACUCUGAUUAAAAUUUAGAAGUGGAAAACACUAAUAGCUCUCAAUAAUAAAUUAAAUCAAACACUCUAAUUGAAGAAAAGUAAAGUGAACCACUAACCAAGAUAGAAAGCGAAAAUUCUGAAUCUAAAAAGCCUUAAUAAAAAAAUGAGAAAGAUGACUAAGAUAAUCGUGACUACACACAAAAAUUUUCAGACCUUAAAAAUAAAUUUGUCAUGCUGAAAUAGUAUUUUAAACCUUCUAUAAUCACAGCUUGA